AUGGCACCGGCAGGUUGGAACACCCGCGAACAAAUCGACGACCACAAACUUGCAGCCUCCAUCAUUAAUGGACACGGCACCGAGAACGAUGCGGUCUUCGACGACCGCGGCCUCGACUUGCUGCAACGCUUCUGCGCAGAUCCAAGCAUUGCCAAUCGUGAUCGCCUGUUGGAAGAGCAUGAAUGGGUUGAUGAGGCUGGUGGAAAGCCUGGUGAUAAGGCGGCCGGCAAGGGGGACUUGGCUGGGUUCUUGGUCGCCAGGCAUGGAACUCAUGACCCUGCGCUUGAUGAGCGUGAUCUUGACAUGUUGAAAGCGUGGUUUGAGAAGGGGAGGCCUAUGGGGCAGAAUGUUUCUCGUUAG